AUGGCCAAGAGGAAGUUCAGUGGGCUGGAAGUCACCCUGAUUGUCCUCAUCUGCCUGGUGACGAUCAUAGCCUGUAUCCUCAUUGGGCUUUUAGCAUCAGGACAAUCCGGAACCAAAACCACAGAAUUUUCACCAAAAUGUCCAAAAAUAUUAGCAGCAGAGAGAAUUGACUGCAUCCCAGAUCAACUGGCAACAAAGAGCACCUGCACCUUGCGUGGCUGCUGCUGGAGUCCCCAGAGCGAUACUAACAUGCCCUGGUGUUUUUUCCCUUCAAACCAUGGGUACAAAGUGGAUGGGUCAACAAAACCAACUCAGGCAGGAUUCGAGACCACUCUAACCAGGCUACCAUCACCUUCCCUUUUUGGAAAUGAUAUUGACACUGUCCUCCUCACUGGAGAGUAUCAGACACCAAAUCGCUUCCGGUUCAAGAUCACUGAUCCCUAUACCCAAAGAUUUGAGGUCCCUCAUCAGCAUGUGCAACCUUUCACUGGAUCUGCUGCCUCCAAUUUAAACUACAAAGUGGAUGUGAAGCCGAAUCCCUUUGGCAUCGUGAUGACCAGAGUGAGCAAUGGUAGAGUGCUGUUUGAUACUACCAUAGGACCACUUCAGUAUGCUGACCAGUUUUUACAGCUGUCAGUCAAACUACCCAGCAGCAACAUCUAUGGUGUGGGAGAGCACGUGCAUAAACAGUACCGGCACGAUGUUAACUGGAAGACCUGGCCCAUGUUCACCAGGGAUAUUGGCCCCUCUGGA